AUGUUCGCUUUUGUUCUUCUGCUUCUCACUGUUCUCACCACCGGCGUCCUUGGUGUCCACGCCCCGUCUCUGCACGAAGUAUACCAGUUUCCCAACGCCACAUGGGUUGAGAAUAUUGCCGUUCGACCCAAUGGCAACUUGCUGGUUACUCUGGUCAACACCCCCGAGCUCUGGGAAAUCGACCCUUCUGUGCCGCAUAAGGCAUCUCGCGCACGUUUCAUACAUCAGUUCAGCAACGCUGAGAUGGCCACCGGGAUCGCAGAGCUCAACCCAGAUGUCUACGCCGUCGUAGCCUCGAAUCAUGUUUGGAAAGUUGAUCUGACACACAGCAAGGAUAAAGAGCCGCCGACCUUGAUCAGCAGAAUUCCGCAUGGAAGUUUGAACGGCAUGACGGUUUUGAACCGAGAAGCCGGCCUGCUUGCCAUCGCCGACUCUCAACUCGGACUUGUGUGGUGUGUCGAUGCCAAUACGGGCAACUAUUCAGUCAUGCUCAAGGACGACACGAUGGCAGCAAAUACCGACGUCGGGACUUUGCUGGGAAUAAACGGCGUGAGAAUGUUGCAUAAUUACAUCUACUAUGUCAAUACUCCUCUGCGACUAUACUGCCGCGUGCGCGUUGACAGGCUUACUGGUCACGCAGUGGGCCCUUAUGAGAUCAUCAGCAAAGGGGUCAGAACUGAUGAUUUUACAAUUGGCCCGGACGCAGUCGCGUACCUUGCUGGCCUUGACGAUAAUGUUGUUGCAAGGGCGCUUCUUGACGGCACGCAAGAGAUCAUCGCUGGGGGAGCUAACUCAUCUGCUGUUCAGACAGCAACUUCGGCUGCACUUGGAAGGAACGAGAAAGCCAAUACUUUAUAUGUCACGACUGGUGGAAAUACCACAGACUUGUCCGGCUACACUGGCAGGGGUAAGAUUGUGGCAAUUGCUCUGGAUGCUUGA